AUGACGAACGUCAGCGACAUCGGUGAAUUCGGCGGUACCGUCGAGCAUGAAAAUUCUGCCGUCCCGAGUGCGGCAAAAGUCAAGCUUCCUCCACUGGUGGUGAUGAAAGUGCCACUCAACACGCUCAUUAGCGAUCUCACAUCGCUGGGCGUUGCAGCUGAAUUCAAGCUGAGCAGGAUCGGCACCAAGGUGAUGCUGCGUACCAAAGCAGAGUACGAAGCAACCGUGAAGUACCUGAAGGAUUCCAGGGUGGAAUACUUCACACAUGACAUCCCCGGCGAGGGGCACGCAAUAGCCUUCUUGACUGCGUUGGAUUUAAAGUACAAGGUGUUUAACUAUGAGUUAAAGGUUAUUGCGUGCCCCUCGAUCCCCGGUGAGAAGCCCUUCAAGGUAGUCAUCAGGGGCUUACCGAACUUCAACCCCAAGUCGAUCGAAGAAGAACUUAAGGACCGUUACAAGCUAGCCCCUAUCGCAUUCUUCCGGAUUACGAGGAGAGACGAAAACGUGAAAACGUACACGGAUUGCCUUUUCCUGGUUCAUUUCCAGAAGGGAACGGUGACGUUCAAUGCGUUGAAGGCCAUCCGCUCCAUCAACUUCAUCAUUGUUAAAUGGGAGCCAUACCGUGGCGACCGUCACGACGUCACCAAGUGUCAGCGUUGCCUGAAUUUCGGGCAUGGCACCCGAAACUGCUACAUCAAUCCGCGCUGUGGCAAAUGCACCCAAAAUCAUGUUUCCUCCGAGUGCGUUGUCGACGAGUCGGAAACGUGCAAAUGCGCCAACUGUGGUGGAGCUCAUCAAGGGUCCGACAAACAGUGUCCCAAACGCGAGGAUUUCAAGCGGAUCCGAAAGCAAGCGUCCACAAGAAGCCAACCAGGACGGAAGCAGGAAAACACUCCGGCAUUCAGGGUGGAGGACUUCCUGCCUCUUCGUGUUACGCAACACGGUCAAGCAAAUCCACGGGUGUAA